AUGGAUAGACGGACUGUCAAGCGCCGAAAGACCUCAGCAGCGGCCGCUGCCGCCUCCGCUGAGGCCGCUGCCGCCUCCGCCGAGGCCGCUGCCGCCUCCGCCGAGGCCGCUGCCGCCUCCGCCGGAUCGGUUGCAGACGGCGACUCCGAUGCCAACUCUGACGCCGAACCAGUUGCGGAGGCCGUCCCCGUCCCCGUCGCCAACCCCGAAGCCGUCCCCGUCGCCAUCCCCGACCCCGUCCCCGUCCCUGACGCGGUCCCCGACGCUGUCCCUGUCGCGGACGCCGUCCCCGACGCUGUCCCUGUCGCGGACGCCGUCCCCGACGCUGUCCUUGUCGCCGACGCCUUCGCCGACGCCUUCCCCGACGCCGUCCCCAACGCCGUCCCAGUCGCCGACCCCGACGACCCCGACGCCGUUCCAGUCGCCGACCCCAACGCCGUCCCAGUCGCCGACCCCGACGCCGUCCCAGUCGCCGACCCCGACGCCGUUCCCGAAGCCGUCCCCGUUCCCGUUCCCGACGCCGUCCCCGUCCCCGUCCCCGUCCCAGUCGCCGUCCCCGACGCCGUUCCCGUCGCUGUGGCCGCUGACCACGCAGCUCAACCCGCGCCCCCGGCUAUAAAGAUUCAGUACAAAUACGAAUCAGGGAGACUCACGGCCGUCCAAUACAUAACAGGGCCAAAUAUCUAUUUACAGGGCUUGAUGUUUGGCACUGGCAGUGGAGAAAAGAGCGGCUAA